AUGUGAAGGCAUCAAAUAUAUAGACUUGAGGUAGGGUAAAAGCACUGAAUGGAUUUCAGUGAAAAAAAACUAGGAAAGAAAAAGCAUGUAGCGAGCAAUCAUGCAGUCUCUUCCAUGUGUAACUUUCUGAAAUGAAUGCUAUUAUGAGGGUAUGCAUUUGUUCAUGGAGGAAUCUGCUUUUAUAUUGCUCAUCCUAUUAGAUGCUUCAUUUGGUGGCUCAAUUUGCUGAAUUAAACUUAGCAACUGAUAAUAAUAACUCACAUGCUCUAUUUCUGUGCUAAUGAGACUAAAUCUCGAGCAUCCAAUUGAAUAACUGAUUAAUGUGAGGGAAAUGUUGUCCCUGGUGCAGGUAUUAGCUGCAAAUGCCUGAAAGGUUAGUGCUGUUUGUUUUGCACAGAUCAACAAAGGGAAACAAUGUCAGAGGCCAAAGAAGUAACUCAAUUGAUUCCCAAAAUCAUGAAGAGGAAAGGGAAUGGUGACAAAUUGGAUAACAUUACCUAUGCUGAGAAUGCAUUUCAAAGGAGAGAAGAGAAUUGCCUUUCUGAUCGCUAUGUAGUUGCUGAAGAUACAUAAGCUAAUGGAAAUUAGCUACAUUGCAUAUUCUGUUUUCUUUUUCUUUAUUUUCUUUUUCUUUAGCUCCUUUUUUUUUCCUUUCCCAUAUUCUUACUGCACCAUGAAGAAGAAACAGAAGGAAACCACAGGAUUACUAGAUAGACUAACAUUGUUAAACUUGUUCACAUAUGUAGCAUCAACAUCUGAAAUAUCAUUAUCGUCAGUUGUGCAUAUGACAGUGUCUCCGGACCAUAAAUUCUCCAAUAUUGGAGUCUGAAUGGCCUGAACCUGGGUAUUCCUGCUUUGCAGACUGGCUUCUCUUUUGAGUGUACACUGAAGAGGCAGCUCUGAUUGAAGCAUGAGUAUAGGGUGGAAAAGUGAUCUGCAUGGCACGUAAGGCAUAACUGCAUUGAUCUGCCUUGAUUCAGGCAACAUUCGUAAGAGCUCUUUUUCCUGCCUUAUCUCCUUAGCUCUCUCCAACUGUCUGAACCUUUCUUGCAGAAGAGCAAUGGAUGGAUGAACGAUUGCUGGAUCAAUCUAUCUAUCUUCACUCAUUGGAAGAUGAAGAGGAACCUCAAUGGGAUUGAUUCAAGCACUCUUUAAUGAGACCUCGUACGCAUAUGCAUACGCAUAUGCACAUAUGUAUAGGACAUAGCUAGGACUUAAGAUGAUUAUUUUAAUUCAUUCAUUCUGGCUAUUUGAUUCUGUAUGACUAAAAGUUGGAAAACAAAGGCAGCUGAACUGCAAUGUGUAACAAGGCAGAGAUAUGUGGCCAUGUGAAUGGGUGAAAGUACAUCCAGGGAAGAAAAUGGUCAGGAGCAAAAUCUAAAGAGAUGUGGAAGGUAGCAUUUGGAAGUGUUUCUUUAAGGAGAAUAAAAGACUGGGUGCGUUGUGUGUCGGCUUGUCGUAGAGGGCUGCUGGUAUGCCUUUGGAGUCUUUUUGGUGGGGGAUUUGGUUGGACCAUCCCAUUAUAUUUAGCUUUGAACAUUUUCUUUUUUCAUUUGUGGAUAGCACAAAGCUUGAACACUCUGAACACAAUUCGGACUCUGAUGUUUUUAUCAAAGAAAACCCUUUUAUGGAUAGGAGAGAAAAGAAGAAUCAACCAAAGCCAAGCCCCUCUUUCUCUCCGUACAUGUUCUGUUUUGUCUUGAAGCUUUUGGAUGGAAAUGGCAUGAAAGAUGAAAGUUGAGAUAUUAGAUUGGAUCUGUGGUUGUUGGGGGACUGAAAUUUGAAAAGCAACA